UUAUGUAACUGCCAAUUUUCCAGAAAAGUCCGAAAGUAUGGACAUGUUAAAAAAAUACCGUGAUCAAUGGUGGAAUCAGGGUAACUUUCAUCCCAAGGCAGAAUGGGGAAAAGUGAUACUUCCAUAUACACUUGCGGAAAAUGUGACUAUUGAUAAAUAUGAAGAACGUACAGACCGAUUUAAUGUCCGCGGAUGUUGGGAGUGGGAUGCCAAACUCGAAAAAAAUGGAAUUGUUUUAGGCGACGUAACAGUGUAUGAGCUUCCGUUACAACCACAUGAGAUUUGCAUUGAAGCGAUCUCUACGUUAAUAAAGAAAGAGUGUAUUCCUGUUUAUGGGACAGAUGCUGAAAUUUUUAGUUUGGCUGCAACUCGGACUCGCGUCAAAAAUCAUUGCAAAGAACCUGAUGGGUCAUUUCGUCCCGAAAAAUCUUCAGUAGAAUUACCAGAUGGAAGCGAUGGAUUGGAUGCGCCAUGGCCAAAUCUCGUGGUAGAAGUCGCAUCUUCAGAGUCUGUUAGUCACGUCAAGGAAAAAGCACGGAGUUACUGGCUAUACAACAAUCGCGUUCACGACGUAAUUAUUGUUAAACUUUAUGAUGCUGCCGAAAACCAAGUUCCGCGCCGUAUGAAGGUAUGGCACUAUUGCAUAUCAGGUACCUAUGUGCAAUAUAAACUUAAACCUAAAAAUAAGUUUGAGUUUGGUACACAAGAUGCAAAUGGCGAUCCGUUAAAUUAUAAAGAGGGAACACGUGUUAUCAGUAUUCCCCCGAUUGAA